CACAAAAUCACCAGCGGAUAGCGGUUUGAAGCUGAAGAACCCGAUAGGCCACAGCCCAUAGGAGUCCCGAGUCCCUCAUAGUUAGAGAAGAAGGAAAAUCGAACAAAAUCGAACCCGCCGCCUUCCCAAACCUCUUCUCCACUUCAACUUCCCAUCACGCAAUCCCCGAAAUCCCAAUUUGUCAAACCCUAAUUUCGAUCCCCGAAUAUCCAGAUCGAUCGAAUUCCAUGGCAAACCCUUCCUCAUCUUCCUCCUCCUCGUCUCAAUUCACCUACUCCUCCGAUCCCUCUUACUUCCCCACUCCCUUCCACCUUCAACAACCGCCUUACGCCCCACCCCCUCGUCCCCCUCCUCCCACCGUCGCCGCUGCCCCCGCUGCUGCCGCAUACAGCUAUCCUCCUCCACCGUCACACCACCACCAAUUCCAGCGCGACGCUCAGCAACUCUUCCAGCGCGACGCCCAGACCAUCACCCCGGAGGCUCUCGAGAGCGUGAAGGCCGCCAUAGCCAGCAGCGACGUCGACCACAAGACCGACGCGAAGCGGAAGGCAGUUCCCCGCCGUGCCGCUGGGCAGACGUGGGAGGAUCCCUCGCUGGCCGAGUGGCCGGAGAACGACCAUCGCUUGUUCUGCGGCGAUCUAGGGAACGAGGUGAACGACGACGUUUUGUCGAAGGCGUUCACAAGAUUCCCUUCGUUUAACAUGGCGAGAGUUGUGAGGGACAAGCGAUCAGGGAAGACCAAAGGGUACGGAUUCGUGAGCUUUGCGGACCCUUCGGACCUCGCUGUGGCUCUGAAGGAGAUGAACGGGAAGUACGUUGGGAACAGGCCAAUCAAGCUAUGCAAGAGCAAGUGGAAGGAGAGGACCGAUUAUGAUGCUGUUGAUAAGCAGAAGAAGCACUCCAAGAAGAAGUUGAAGUCUUCCUCCAAGGUUGGCGUGUUGCAUUACUAAUUAAGGUAGACGUCGAAAAGAAAAAGAAAAAGUGUUUGCAUUGAAAUCCUAAUUUGAACUACUUGAUGUAGCUAUAUAUGUGAGUUGUUUUAGUUUAUGAAGGUUUUGAAAAUGACUCAUAUGUGGACUGUGGUCAAUGUUAAAUCCAUGUAAGUUGCUGAUGCGACCAAAUUGAACAACUUAGUUACCCACCUCAAGGCUCUGUGAACGUAAGAAUCGUUGAGGCUCUGUUUUUUAUAACAAGAAUUUAUGAAAGAAAUAUGCAAUCUGAAAACUAAAUAAGGAAAUAAGUUUCCAUUGUUUUUGAAACUUAUUUCAUAAUUCCUGAAAACAUGAAAGCCCAGAAUAAAAUCUGACUUUUUGUUGUUUCAAUGUUUGCAGUUUGUUUUAUCUCUUUCUAGUUUAUGUUGUUUCUCUGUGCAGAACCAUUUAGAAAUUAAUGGUGAUUGGCUCAAAAAACAUAUGCAAGAACAACUCAAGUGUCAACUUCAUCUUAUAGGUUUUAUUUGAACCUCUCUAGGUUGUUAACGCAUCUGAACCACUUCAAAUUGCUUUAUUUAGUUUGAGUAAAGUUUCUUACAUUUUCUAGUUUUAAUCAGUGGAUUAACAUUUGAGUGACAGUGCGCAAGAGGUUUCAUUAGUUUUUACUAGACGUCUAUACAUUGGAUGCCCAGAUCGUUCAAGUUUUGGGGAAUCUAGAUCAAUCUUAGCUGUCAAGAAUCAGGAGAUUAUGGCUAACGUUAUCUUUACUUUGCAUUGCCUAACGGACUGCCCGAUCUCCAGGAGAUUAUGGCUUUAUCAUGGGUUUGGUCUUUGGUAUUUUCUGGCUGAAAUUGAAGGUUCUGAGCAAAAAUCUGAUCCAGAGACUGAAAAGGACUGCAGAUGCUGUUGGAUUCUGACCUCCCUGCACUCGAAGUGGAUUUUCUGGAGCUACAGAAGCCCAAUUGGCGCGCUCUCAACGGCAUUGGAAAGUAGACAUCCUGGGCUUUCCAGCAAUAUAUAAUAGUCCAUACUUUGCCCAAGAUUUGAUGGCCCAAACCGGCGCUCAAAGUCACCUACAGAAAUUCCAGCGUUAAACGCCGGAACUGGCAUAAAAUUUGGAGUUAAACGCCCAAACUGGCAUGAAAGCUGGCAUUUAACUCCAGAAAAUGUCUCUACACGAAAUUCCUUCAUUGCUCAGCCCAAGCACACACCAAGUGGGCCCGGAAGUGGAUUUUUCUGUUAUUUACUCAUUUCUGUAAACCUUAGGACACUAGUUUACUAUUAAUAGGAUCUUUUGACAUUGUAUCCGUACCUUAUGACCUCAUAACAUUUCUUACACGUUUCUUUCCACAGUAUGAGUCUCUAAACCCCAUGGUUGGGGGUGAGGAGCUCUGCUGUGUCUUGAUGGAUUAAUGCAAUUACUACUGUUUCUUAUUCAA